AUGAUUAAGCCAUUAAAAUCAAUCCAUAUUAUAAUACAGCAUUUUAUAAUAAGGGUAAUUAAAUACUAUAAUUAGGUAAUGCUUUAUAUAAGAUAUAUCAGGAUGGUUUAACAUAUUCAAUUUGAAUUGUUAUUUAAUAGUAUGGGCAAAAAAUUGAUGUAAAUUCAAAUGAUAGUGAAUCAUUUUAUAUUACGGUAUAUGAAUUAAAAAGUAAACUAUCAAUAAGAAUAGCAUUAUAUAACUUGAAUUGCUAUUAAGAUGCAAUAUAAUGCAAUGAUCAAGCAAUUAAAAUCGAUCCAAAAUAUCGUGACGCCUUUUAUAAUAAGGAUAUAUUAAUUCUUCAAUUUUACAUUUUACUUAGGUAAUACCUUAUUCUAGUUGUCUCGUUAAGAAGAAGCUAUAGACGGCUACGAUCAGACGAUUAAAAUGUUAGCUACUCAAUUUCUCAUAAAGGUAAAUUGGCUCAUUUUAUUAAAAUGUAAAUAAGGCAACACACCUGUAAAUGCUUUAGACAUGAAGAAUAAAGGUAUCAAUUAUUUGCUACUUUAGCUGA